AUGACAGAAAGAUUAGCAGUAGCCACUGAAAAUUUAAAACGACCGUUACCUAAGCAAGAAAAUAUUGUACCACCAAAAAAGUUAAAAGGUAUAUUUGAAGAUUAUAAUUGAAAAGUUCAAUAGUUUGAUGAAUAAUAUUUAUUUAAAUGAUUUACCUAGGUAUUUUAAAAAAUGUUAAAACUCCACCAGUUCCAAGUGUCCCUGUAGAUUUCUUCCAAAGCCCAAUAUCUUCUUCACCAAUGACAAAUGUUGAAGAAGAAACUGAAGAUAAAGUAGAGGAACAACCAGAAAUUGUUGAUGAAAAUCUUGAUAAAGGUGAACUUCCAAAAGGAUUUUUUGAUGAUCCAAUGUUAGAUGCUAAAGUGAGUUUUGUGUUAAUGAAGUACAUAGUAAUUAACAAUGUUUUAAACAAUGGUUAGUCCAGAACAAUUUUAUACAAAAGUAUAUUUUUCACAGAUCAUAUUUAAUAUAAUUAAACACAUUUGUGAAUUUAACAUAUCUAAUUUUUUUUUUUAAUUUUGAACUGUAGUUUUCAUACUAGAAAUUACAAAGUUUGUAUUUUAUAAACAUGUUCUAUAUUGUUUGCUAUGACCACACAGAUUAGCAUGUUUUUACUGAUUUAUGUAAUUUAUUUAAAAAGAACUUAAUUAAUUCAUAGGAUGGUAUAAUUUAAUUUUUUGAAUUUCACAUAAAUUACACUAAUAUGUAUUUGUAAAAAUUGCUUGUAAUAAUUUAAGUACUGUUUGGAAUAUUGUUAGUGCUAACAUUUUUUCACUGUAUUGAGUCUUAAUAUUCAUUCCAUUUAUAUAUUUUUGAUUUAUUUUAUUAAUAAUAUAAAAUACAAUACAUUUUAUACUUUUAUUAGAUACGAAAGGAAGAAUAUGUCAGUUCAUUAGAUGAAGAAUUUAUGAAAUUUCAAAAGGAAAUUAAAGAAGAAAAUAUGUUGUCUGAACAGAUAAUGGCAGAUAAUGAAGAUGAAGCUACUUAUGGACGACAAGUAGAAGAAAUUGAUGAACAAAUUAAAAACUGGUCAAAGUGGGUUUUAUUUAUUUUUCUAAAUUGUUUACAUUUUGACAGAAAAAUUAUUUAGGGUAUUUUAGGCAUAGCAUUAUUUUAGAAUAUUAUAUUAGGUAACAUAAUAAAUAAGUAAAAAUUUAUUUAUGACAUACAUAGACACACUAAUUUGUGGUCAAAUAGUUAGGCUCCCCAGUGGUGUUUUGGUGGAUACCUAUAUGAAGGUUUACAGUGUGUACCCAUCUACUGUUUUGUGAAUUAGUAAAUACCUUAUAAAAAUAGUACAAAUACAUUAAAAUUUAAAUAAAAUUUUCGUAUGAGAUUUACAAAUUAAGCAAUCUGUAUUCUGUAUAAUUAUUUAUUGAAUAUCAUUUAUCAAUUAUUUUAGUAAAAAGUCAGAACCGUGUAAUAAGUAAUUAAGAUUGAUUAUUAUCAUGUAUUGUUUAAAGGGUAAUCGGUAUAGAACUGGUAAAAAACUUCUACUGUUUUUUUAGAUAAAAAUCAUAAAUAUUAGUGGUUUAUUUGCAGCCUGUCAACCCCCAAUCAAAUAACUUCUGUUUUAUGCCUAAAAUAACUAAGAUGGCGUACCUAGGAUUUUUUUCCUGGGGGGGAGGGGUAUUAUUUUUAAAUAUGUACAGAAAUCUGAAAGCAAUUAUGCCAAAUUAUAAAAUAAACUUUUGAGUAAAUUAUUAUGCAAAGAAUAUUUAAGUGGGGAAAGAUGUAUACAUUUUUUAAUAGCUACAGCAUAGUAUACUAUACAAUAUUUAUAAUUUAUGAUUAUUAUUAUUUACUUAUUUAUAUUUUUGAUAAUUUCUUAUUUGAUAUCUUAAAACUAAUGUUUGUGAUUUCUAAAUAAAAUGCAUUUAAUAUUUUUUACCCUUGUCGAUUUUUUACAUAAUGUAUUUUCCUAUAUUUGUUAUAAACAUGUUUAAUUAUUGUGACUAGGAUUAUUGUAGAGAUUUUUAAAAAAUAUUUGAUUUGUUGCCACAAUCACAAAGUAAUACAGCUACUGCUUUAAAAUAUUGCCAAUGCUCUUAUCAAUAAUUCCGGCAGUUUUUUGCAAAAGCUUUCAAAUUAGUUUUUCACGUACAAACUGGUCAGCUUUUUGAAUGGUUGAAUCUAAUUAGUUUUGUGUUUAUAAAAUCACAAUAUUUGUUGCUCAAAUUCAUAAAUGAGCUACAGUUUUUAUUUUAUGAAGAAAAACACUGAGGUUACCCAAAGUUAAAUAAUCUUAUUAAAAGUUUUUUGGUCAUUUCAUUAUUAUUGAAAAAUAUUGAUAAUAGAAUAUCAAUAUCUUUCAUUGUGACCAUAUAAAAUGAUCAUUGACCUGUAUCAAUUAUUAUUAAUAAUUGUCAGUAGGCAUAUUUAAUAUGAAAAUGUCUGCUCGUAAAUUCGUUUUAUUCAUUAUAUCUAACAAUUAUCAAAUAUUUGUUUAAACAUGAAAAAUAACAUUAUUGAGGAUCAGCAUUUAUUUUUAUAUUUUAAAUUGCAUUAUAAACUUUUUGUUUAUUAUUAUAUUAAAUAUAUACUAAAAAUUACUGGUUUUUUAAAUUUAAAUUUGUUUUUUUAUGUUGUAGAGUUAUUGAAUUGGAGAAAAAAAGAGAGAAAGUAAUGGCUUCAGUUUCACAACAUACAAAUAGUAUGGAAAUUGACCAAGAAAAUGAAAAUUCAGAUGGUUCGGACUUGGAUGAUUUAUACAUUGAUUGGAGGUCAAAAAGUUAA